CGGGCAGGGCGACCAAUGGCAGUGGAGAAACGGCGGGGAGCGGCCAAUGGGGGCGGAGGGUCGGGAGCGCGGACUUCCUGGAGACGAGGCCGGGCGGGGGCCUGGCAACAGGGCCCGGGGCCCCGCGGAGCCGCCGGGAUGAACGUCGGCGUGGCGCACGGCGAGCUGAACCCCAACACGCGCGUGACCGGCGGCCGCGGCAGCUGGCUGGCCUACGGGGCGGCGGUGGGCGCGCUGCACCUCGUGCUGCUCAGCGUCCCCGUGCUCAGCGUCCCCGCGGUCUGGACGCUCACCAACGUCCUGCACAACCUGGUGAUGUACUUGCUGCUGCACGCAGUGAAGGGGACCCCGUUCGAAGCCCCCGACCAGGGCAGGGAUCGCCUCCUCACGCACUGGGAGCAGAUCGACGACGGGAUGCAGUGCACCUCCUCGCGCAAGUUCCUCAGCAUCUCCCCGGUGGUGCUGUACCUCCUCACCAGCUUCUACACCAAGUACGACCCCGCGCACUUCGUGAUCAACACGGCCUCCCUGCUCAGCGUCCUCCUGCCCAAGCUGCCCCAGUUCCACGGCGUGCGGCUCUUCGGCAUCAACAAGUACUGAAAGCCGGGGCAGCGUCUGCGCCGCUGGACGGAGCGAGCCCUGGGGCUGGGCGCACCAACGCUCCCGCCUGCAGGGCUUCCAGCGGGGCUUCGGGCCAAGUUCCCGCUCCCCCUGAGGGCUCCUCGCCGGGCCUUCAGCUCCUGCUGCUCUGCUGGAGCCGCGUGAGCUGCACGGGGCGAGCCAGGCGCGUCGCGCACGCGUCGCCCUCAGGC